AUGGACUUAGAUGACAUCGAUCGAUGGCGCGGCGGUGGCAGCAACCGAGACCACUAUCGCUCGCGCUACGCGCCGCAGUACUCUCACAAGUGGAAUGAUGCUUACCAAAGCACAUACGACCCACCCCCGCCACGGCGGUACUUCAACGAUGAUUCGCCCUCACUAAAUCUGCCCUCACGUCGGAGCGCUCCGCCGCCGCCGCCACCGCCACCGCCGCUGUCACCACCACCACCACACCGUUCGGAGUCUCAGAAUGCAAAACGCAAGCACAAGCACCACUCAAAGCCCCGUCGCACGGGCCGCGCGAGAUCGGCCAGCUUCAGCGCGACCAGCACGGCGACGAGUCGCGCGUCCUCCACCUCGAGCACCGAUAGCGCUACAAGCUCCACCACCACCUCGUCCAGUUUAUCGAGCAGCAGUGGCUCGUACGAGUCUUCCGACUCGGAAAGCGGGAGCGCGACGACGUCCAGCACCUCGGCUUCGUCAAAGUCUACCUGCGGCCGCAGUGUUACCUCCUCGCAUGAAAGACGGGCACAGCCGCGCAAGAUGUCGAGGCAUCUCCAACGGCACGCCAACACGCUCUCUCGCGUCGCCGCGAAGCCGAUCAUCGCCGCGCAGGACGAAGAAAUCGCCGCAGCAGCAGCCUGCAGAGCGAUUCUCAACAAGGAGGCGCAGCUGAAGGAGCAGGAGCUACGGCUUCUCCAGCAGAAGCGGAACUUCGCGGCGGAGGUUCAGCGUCGGUCGUCCCAGCCACAUCGCUUUGUGGUCGAGGACGAUGCAAUACGACAGAUGCAGCGGCUUGUCGAUCUUACAGACACAACACCGGCAUUGGAGGAGUUCCUGAGGCGCACAUUCAAGGCUCCACCUGCGAGCGGUGCCUCGACGGACGCAGGUGCACUGACGUAUCUGCGCUCCUACGAGGGAGCUCUGUCGAGAAAUGGGGUGGCGCCGCUGCUAAGUCGGAUCGUCGCACCGUCGCCCAUGCCCGCCACCGUCGUCGUUGGGGAUGAGCCACCGGCCCCUACAAGCCAGCCAAGUGGCCCACCAGGAAUGGCACCAUCGGCGACUACGCCGUUCAUCGCGGCCGCGGCGCCAGCUGCCAGUGAAAAAGUGGAGCUGCGCGGGACGAGCGCCGAGGUCGACUCGUUGCUGGAGCACAGCCUUCCCGUAGAGGGCCACCUUCUCACUCGCUCCCCUCCGUCAACUCCGACCGACCGCGCAAGAGCACAUGCUCCGUCGGAAAGGGUGCCGCCGCAGUCGCUCGCCAUCGAUGGCGGAGCGGCAGCGGCUCAGGUGUUCGCUGCCGGCGCACCGGCAGAAGGUGCCGUCGCAGCUGCAAAUGACGAGCAGAAACAAGGCGGCUCGGUCGCACCGAAAAAGGAGAAGGCAGCGGAGACCGCUGAGCCAGCGGUGAGCAGACCUUUAAAAAGCGGUCGCGUUACCUACAAUGAGCUGGCGCAGCGGCGCCGCAUCAAGGUAAAGGUGCGAUGUCGCCGCAGCCGCUCGCACGUUCCGACGCACGAGUCCGAGACGGACGGUGACUCAGCCUGUGAAAAUGAUCCUUCCCCGAACGAGAAGCGACAAGAUAAGGCUGUCUCGCCUCCCGCCGGACACUCUCAGCCAGAGCAGCGGCAGCAGUCCAUCGGUGCACCGUUGCAGCUGCUGCCGCCACCAUCAAGCCCCACCUCUCACGCCGUCGCUGAACGGCAGCUUAUCUUCAGCAACCCAGUGCAGCAGCACAGCCAGGGUGGGGCCAAACAGCAGCCGUGGGUAGUGGCCAACUGGCCGUGCAAUGCCCCACCACGGAAGUCGACGCAGAAAGGAAAGGAUGGCUCGCCAGCGCUCUGGUACGCCUCCAACAGCCCCGUGCCGCUCUCGCACCGUGAGUUCAAGAGCUUGCUCUGCUCCGAGUACGUGUCGCCGGAGAUGACGACCGUGCUAACGCCGGGAGCUGCGGACGCGACCAUAGCUGGUGCUGAUGCGGACAAGAAACUCUCGGUGGCGCCGACGGGUACGAAGGCAGAACGCGAUGCGUACGUGCCAUUCGGCGGCGGCGCUCCCCACGUCUCACCUCCCUCUAGAGCAAUCAGUGCUGGCGAGCGCGGCUCUCAGCGAUAUUCUCGGCACCGAUCGGUGCGCAUUCAGGAUGUGAACGAAGACUCUGAACCCCCUUUUGCCAUGGAGUCGGAGCAUAGCGAAGGCGAGUCUCCGGUCCAUGUCCCUGCCGAGCUCUCAGCACCGCCUCCAGCCCCUUUAAGGGACAACGAAGACGAGCUGGUCGUGGAGUUUCCGCCGCCGCCGCAUAUGAUGGCGAGCGACAUGCCGCCCCCGGGUGAUGUGGGGAGCGACGGUGAGAACAGCUGUUGCGGGUGUGGAGGCAGUGGGUGCAGCUGCUGCCCCACUCCUUGUGUUGGCUUCUGUAGUUGCUGGUCCGCCAUGUUCAGCUGCCUCUUUCCGUGCUGCUGUGGCAAGAAGCCGAAGGUCGUGCAGUCCGCUGAGCCGCCACAUCGACUGGCCUUUCAGAGGCCCGAUCCCCCCUCUGCUCCGCCGAUACUGCCCCUGCAGACGCAGACCACACCGGCCACGACGAACGCGCAGCCAUAG